AUGAGGGCGGCUGUGCGCGUCUCAGUCACGCUGCUCCUCCUCCGAACUUUAUCUGACUGUGCGGUGAUCACCGGGGCCUGUGAGCGGGAUGUCCAGUGCAGGGCAGGGACCUGCUGUGCUGUCAGCCUGUGGCUACGUGGGCUACGCAUGUGCACCCCGCUGGGGCAGGAAGGAGAACAGUGCCACCCGGGCAGCCACAAGUUACCCUUCUUCAGAAAGCGCCAGCACCACAGCUGUCCCUGCUCGCCCAACCUGCUCUGCUCCAGGUUCCUGGACGGCAGGUACCGCUGCUCCAUGGACCUCAAGAACAUCAACUUUUAG